CAGAGGGGAAGACAGUGGGCUGUCUGCUCAUCUCUGUCUGUCUGUCUCUCUGUCUCUCUCUCUCUCUCACACACUGUCAACAAACAUCAUGAACAGUUGGAACAACCAGGGACUAAGCAGUCUGAACUAAACCAGACUCUCACACCCAAAAAAAAAUCGUUGUUGGCCAAAGGAACUCUGGAGGGUGCCCCCGGCCGGUGGUAACUGACUGGGCGAUGGAGCUGAGAAGGAGAAAAUUGCAAGGGAACCGGGCUGAUCUCCACUGACCCCCACAGCCCCAGUCCCUGGGAAGUGCGGCAUCUCGUACAGGAAGAGGAUGUUGUCGGUGAAAUUGCCGCAGCUUUUAAACAAUCACCAAGUCCCCAGGGUAUUCCGGGAAGAUGGGAUUAUCUCCGGCUACCGCCACCCAAGGAGCUCAGCCCUGGACUGUCUCCUCAGCAGCUUUCAGAUGACAAACGAGACCGUGAACAUUUGGACGCAUUUUCUCCCGACAUGGUACUUUCUAUGGAGGUUCCUGGCCCUGUCGCACUCUAUGGACUUCUAUAAUGAGGCUUACGCCUGGCCGCUGUUGGUCUACAUGUUGGUCAUCUGCCUGUACCCCUUCAUUUCCAGCUGCGCCCACACCUUCAGCACCAUGUCCGCUCACGUCCGACACGUCUGCUACUUCCUCGACUAUGGUGCCCUCAGCCUCUACAGCCUGGGGUGCGCCGUCUCAUACAGGGCCUAUGUCAUGCCUGACCAGUGGAUUAACAGCACCCUCCACUGCUACUUCACCCAUGUGGCUGUCUUCAACUCCUUGGUCUGCACCACACUCUCCUGUUACUCCAGGUUCCUCGAGAUCGAACAGCCUAAACUGAGCAAAACACUGCGGAUAACAGCAUUUAGCUACCCGUUUCUGUUUGACAAUAUCCCACUAUUCUACAGGAUCCUACUUUGUUGGGGUGAGGGUUGUAGUCAUAAUGAUGCUGUACCCACACAUUACCAUCACCUGGUCUUUGCCUUCCUCACAUGCUUCCUGUUUGCUUCCCACCUCCCGGAACGCCUGGCUCCCGGCUGCUUCGAUUACAUCGGUCACAGCCACCAGCUAUUCCACAUCUGCGCCAUCGUGGGUACCCACUUCCAGCUGGAGGCUAUCGUUCUGGAUAUGUCGUGCCGUCAUGCCUGGCUGCUCGCUCACACGCCCCUGCCAUCCCUGGGGGGCACCCUGGGGGUGGUGCUGGUCUCCAUGGUCCUCAACUGCCUGGUCAUCGGGAUCUUCGUCCUGCUGUUACUCUGGGCUCCACGUUCCUCCCCGUUUCUGCAGAGUCACGUUCCCAAUCGAUUCAAGCAGAAGCGGGAGUGACCCACCCACGAUCCCGUUUUACACCCACCUCCCACCCCUGCCACCCCGUCGUCAGAUGGGUGAUGUGGUUGAGCCCUAACAAGAUGCCAAUCUCGCCCAUCUCCUCUUUUGGAGGGGUGGGGGGCAGGCGCAAGAAACGGGGGACGGUGGGGGAAGACGUGACUCCCAUUUGCGACCCCUUCUGACCCACCUUGCCCUUGCCCCCGCCCCAUCACGUACCACCUUCCCCCUGCUCCCGCCAACUCAGUCCCCUCCGACAUUCCUGGCACCAUGACCCUCUACCGCCAUUGGUUGGUUCUGAUCACCCUCUGCUCGAGCUCGUCCAACCCUGUCCCUCCUUCCGCUGAGCUUUGCCCUCCACUGGCGCUGCCCUCCCUCCCCCCACCCAACUACCCUCCCGCACCCUCAGUCACACAGCUACGUUGGCAAGAAUGGAAUGCUUUCAUGCCCAUCUUGAGCCCUGGAUGAAGGACUGUGGGCUGCAUGGUGUGAUGGAAGGGCCGGCAUGGGUGUAAAAGGCUGAAUGGCCUCCACAUUUGCCACGCACUCGCCAUUUAUUGUUCCCUCCCCCAACCUUUAGCUGGUUUUAAAGCCCAGUUUCUCACUAACACUUUGAGGCCAUUGUCUGCCCUGUUUAAUGUUACCAGGCUCCGCCAAUCUCCCUCAGCAAGGUGUGCCACACAGGGAUGGUAUGUUUGGCAUGUAAUGUCGCAAGGUGAUUCCCCUUUGCUGUGUGUGAACAGAGGCACCCAUAUACCUUUUCUAUCUGGGGUGUUCCCACUUAAUAACACACAAAACUAUCUCCAGUGCUGCUUCUGUAAGUCUUUGGCACUAAUGUGUUUAAAUUGCGUGUCUAAAGGUUUUACCUGAGCAUUUAAACUUGCUCGCUUUCGAAAGCAAUGUUUGUAUGGAUUGCCUGACCAAAAGUUCCUCUGUUGUAUUUGGCCCUUAGCCCUGCAUUGUGUCAAUCUACGCAUUGAGGGCUGACCGAACAAGGCAUUAUAGAAUGACUGGAGCAUUGGGAUGACAUUGUGAAGAGGCAAGUUUUCUAUUCAGCACACAGCCGCUUAGCCUUUGGCUGUCUUCUCGUACUUAUCCACAAGAGCAGAGCGAGGCUACCGCUAUCGAUAGCCCCCGUCAAAGAGGCUGGUUAAAGGACAGAUUGAAUCCAGGUGUCGGUGAGAGCAGGAGAAGUUGUAGUUUUGAUGCAGCGAGUCAUUGUGAUCUGCGACUGCGUUGCUGGAAAGGAAGGAGGCUGAACAGGAACUUUCGAAAGUGGGGAAGAUCCAGAGUGACAUUUGCUCCUAGCCUAGAAUGCAUCUGGAUGCUGUGUUAGGAGUCUGGUGUCAGUAUCACUGCUCUCUCCCCUAUUGCAAUCAUCGAACCUUUCCCUAGCCCCAGAUCAGAUGCAAUCCAGAUUUAAUUAUUAACCUCCAGGAUUCUCUGAGUGUCCAAUCACAGGUGGGCAGGUUUUCUUUCCCUCCAGAUCUUUCAUAGAUGAUCCUCCUUCCUCAAAAUUUGCUGAUGAUUACACGAUGUUCAGCAUCAUUCUCCAUUCGGUGUCAUACAGCACGGAAACAGACCCUUCGGUCCAACCAGUCCAUGCUGAACAU